CAGCAACAAAAGCAGUGUUGUGUUACACACACCAACUCCUCCGCAAAUUACCCAGCAGCCAACCAUUGCUGAUAACAAAAUACCCCACCAUCCCCUCUUCUCUAAAUCCCUCCUGCCACGUGUAACCCCAAGCUCCUUCAUAAUUCUUGCUUAUUUCUCAAAACCCAGAGGAAAGGAGGGAAAAUCAACCAUCUUCCGUUUUCUUGUACAAGAUUUCUCAUUGAUUUGCUAAAAAAAGAAAGAAUCUUGAUUAGUGCUAAAGAAAAUGGCAUCAGCAGCUGUUUCUUUGGGUUCGUCAGCAUUGAUUCAAGGUGGGCUCACAGGUCAAAAGCUCUCUCUUGCAACCCCCACUUCUCUCACUAUUACAAGGAGAAGAUCUAGAGCUGUAGUUAAGGCAACUGCUCGAGUUGAUAAGUUUUCCAAAAGUGACAUCAUUGUGUCUCCAUCAAUUCUUUCUGCUAAUUUUGCCAAAUUAGGAGAGCAGGUCAAAGCAGUGGAGGUGGCAGGUUGCGAUUGGAUUCACGUAGAUGUGAUGGAUGGCCGGUUUGUGCCAAACAUUACAAUCGGCCCCCUCGUAGUAGAUGCUCUGCGCCCUGUCACUGAUCUCCCAUUGGAUGUGCAUCUGAUGAUUGUGGAGCCUGAGCAACGAGUCCCGGACUUCAUCAAGGCUGGAGCUGACAUAGUUAGCGUUCAUUGCGAACUUGCUUCAACCAUUCAUUUGCAUCGUACAGUGAAUCAAAUUAAGAGCUUGGGUGCUAAAGCCGGAGUAGUCCUGAACCCUGGAACUCCAUUGAGUACCAUAGAGUAUGUUCUUGAUGUGGUUGAUUUGGUAUUGAUUAUGUCUGUAAAUCCCGGGUUUGGUGGGCAAAGCUUCAUAGAGAGCCAAGUAAAGAAAAUAUCAGAUUUGAGAAGUUUGUGCGCUCAGAAGGGAGUUAACCCAUGGAUCGAGGUAGAUGGUGGAGUUGGUCCAAAAAAUGCUUACAAGGUAAUUGAGGCUGGAGCCAAUGCAUUGGUUGCUGGCUCUGCUGUUUUUGGAGCUCCUGAUUAUGCUGAAGCUAUCAAAGGAAUCAAAACCAGCAAAAGGCCUGUAACAGUUCCAGCAUAAACUUCUCAUUUUGGAUCUGUACUUAGGUUCCAAACUCUAUUUCAAGACGACACACGGAACCAGAUGGAGGAGAAUACAUCAAAACAAGUACAACAAGAAGAGUUAAUUCAGAAGAAUCAUGGGAGUAC